CGCUAGCGUGCUCCAAUCUAGCGAGGGGCGCGAUUGGGUGGCCUAGCGCAAGAAAUAGCGGUUGCUGCGCGCCACGUGUGCUGCUUGGAUCUUAGAGACAGCAGUGAACAACCGCCGCGAGCAGUGAAGGAGCAGCAAGCUCGAUCAGCAAGUAGUGACCUACUUGCAGCUUUGCAGCAGCCCGGAGCCGCGACGCGGCGCGAAGCGAGCGCGACGCGAGCGCGAGCGCACGAACCAUGAAUCCCAACGCCGCCUCCUUCAGCUUCAGCGCCGGCGCGUCCGAGUGGACGCCCGGCGGCGCCGCGCCGCCGCCGCCGCCGCCCGCCGCCGAGACCAAACCGGUGCCGGAGGAGAAGGACAAGCUCUGGAAAACCAUACUAAAACUGGCCAACAACGACCGGACCGAGGCCAAGCGCCUGCUGCAGAACCCUCAUGAUUUGAUAGCGAACGAAGCCAUAUGGGACCACAUGGACUUAGUGGACCUCGAGAAGCUCGAGAAGGCCCAGCAAGCGUCACCGGCGCCGCCGCCGCCGGCCGAGGAGGAGAAGGUUGUUGAGGAGGUCGUCGAAGUGCAGGAGGAGGACCCGCGCGAGCAUCUGAACGUCGUAUUUAUCGGCCACGUCGACGCCGGCAAAAGUACCUUAUCCGGUAAUAUCUUAUACCUAACGGGCUACGUCGACAAGCGCACGAUCGAGAAGUACGAGCGGGAGGCCAAACAACGGAACCGCGAGUCGUGGUUUCUAGCCUUUAUUAUGGACACCAAUGAAGAGGAACGCGCCAAGGGCAAGACGGUAGAAGUCGGCCGCGCGCCCUUCGAGACGGAGGCGAAGCGCUACACGAUCCUGGAUGCUCCUGGACAUAAAAAUUACGUCCCUCAUAUGAUUUCAGGCGCGGCGCAAGCUGAUGUGGGCAUCCUCGUCAUUUCCGCCAGACGAGGCGAGUUCGAGACGGGCUUCGAGCGGGGCGGCCAGACGCGAGAACACGCCAUGCUCUGCAAAACUUUAGGAGUUCGGUUCUUGAUCGUCGUCAUCAACAAGAUGGACGACCCUACAGUAUGUUACCAGUGUCUUUGUAUAUGGUAUACAUAUAUACAAAUAUAUCUAUACAUUGGUAUCGCGUCGAUGGCGUGGAGGUGGGAGCGGUACGCCUUCGACGCGACGGCGUGCGCACGGCGCGGAGAGAGUGACGGGAGAUUCAUCUCACGCCCGCCGACGCGACAUGUGCCACGCGCAGGUCAAGUGGCAGCGCGAGCGCUUCGACGAGUGCGUCUCGAAGCUCAAGCCUUUCUUAAAAACGUGCGGUUAUAUCAUCAAGAAGGAGGUCCGAUUCAUACCCAUUUCUGGACUUACCGGAGCCAACGUCCUCAAGGAGGUCGACAGCAAAGCAUGCAAGUGGUGGGACGCCUGUUCGAAGGAGGGUCAUCCCAUUUCCUCCGAGAAGACGUUGUUGGAGAUGUUAGAUAAGCUACAAAUCGAAGGGAGAGAUGCGAAUGCGCCUCUCAGGAUACCGUUGCUCGACAGGUAUCACGACCGGGGCUGCAUGACGAUGGGUAAGGUCGAAGCUGGUAGAGUGAGGAAAGGUGAUAAAGUCAUCAUCAUGCCUACCAAGACGGAAACGACCGUGGAAGGUAUAUUUGUGAACGACACCGUUCCCAUUGUUAGCGCAAAACCAGGGGAAAAUGUCCACAUCAAGUUAGGUAAUAAUGUCAACAUCGACGACAUCUGCAAGGGCUUCGUUUUGUGCAAGCAGCCUCCUUGCAGAGCGGUGUUAUCUUUCACGGCGCAGUUAGCUUUGGUGGAUCUGCUCGAGCAUAAACCGAUCGUUACUGCCGGGUAUGAAUGUAUGUUACAUGCUCACACGGUCGAAUCAGAAGUCGUCGUAGAUAAGAUCAUCGAACAGAUCAAUAUUAAACUGAAGCCGGGCCAGCCGAAGCCUCGCGUGUUGCCUUAUGCCAAACAGGGCGCGGUUAUAUUAUGCACGAUGACGGUGCCGCAGACCAUAUGUCUGGAGCCGUUUGAGGAUUUACAGCAGUUGGGUCGCUUCACGUUGAGGGACGAGGGCAAGUCGAUUGCCAUCGGGAAGGUCGUGGCCUUGGAGUAGUGCUGGGAGCUUUGAUGAAGGCCGGUGCUCUUUGCUCGCCGCGGCGGCGGCGAAUAGGGUGGGUAAGAUACGUAGAUUA